AUGGACUUGAGUUAUUUUUCCAGAUUUUUUUCUCGUGUAUGCUACUACUGUACACUGUACACAUGUUUUUUGUCUACCAAAAACGGUGUAUUCUAGCUACUAAUUAAAUACAGUUUAUUAAACUAAAACUCUAAUAUCUAUUGCUAACGAUCAUCAUUUUUUAGUAUUUUGAAAAGUGUAUAAUAUAUUGUUAUAUACAUAACACAUAAGUAUACAUCUAUUUACCAUGUCGUCGUUUUUACGUCAUCUCAGAAAAAGUGUUAUGUCCAUAAAAUAGAUGGAUUCUGUAUAACAUGUUGUACCAAGGACAAGUGGCCAAGAGCAAGUUCUAAUUAAGGAUAAAAAUUGUUUGUGCAACAGACAAUAUUCUUAUCAAUCCAAUUUCUGUGUUAUCAAACCGAUAACUACUUAUCGAUCGUUUAUGCGACCCGGCAUUAGACUCCAACAUCUGACAACACUUGUUAUACUAGCACAUUUAUACUGGUGAAAUCAUGGUCACCGAACAAAACGUAAUGGUAUGGUGCCCAGCUGCUAUUCUCUUACAGUUGGAUUAUAAUAUAAAAGGUGUAUGUGUUGAGUUUUUACUAAAACAACUGAAUACUUCAAAUUGUCUUGGUAUCAAAAAACUUGCUGACUUUUAUAACUGUAUGGAAUUAUUGUUAAGUUCUGAAGAAUACAUAAAAACAUAUUUUUUAAAAGUGGUUGAAGCUGAUGAAUUUCUAUCUCUAUCUUCUGAAGAAGCGAUUUAUCUAAUCUUCCGUGAUUACAUUAAUGGUCCAUUUGAAGAAAAAAUCUACUAAUUUGGAUUCUGUGGAAAUAUACGGCCCCAACAACAUCACGUGGAGUAUGGAAUCAUUUCCAACAAGUGUAACAAGAAUUUAUGGUGCACUAGUCAUUAAUUUGCCAUCAAAUUUGAGAACUGAUUAGCUUAUACAUGGUUUCAUUGUUGGUUGUUGUAUAUUAUAUUCAUAUUAAUUUAUAAUACAUGAACACAUGUUAAGUAUUUUAUACAUUUUUGAUUUUGUGAAUGUUUGAAUAAAAUGGUUUU